AGCAAUACAUACUAUACGAUGGCAGGCAAGUGUACUUUAGCGAGUGUUCUAGGGUUACUUUUGGUAUUGACACUGUUCCAGAACCCGCUCACCGUCUGCGGACAAAGUAUCCCGGCGGUGGCUUUGUUCACAUUCGGUGACUCCAACUUCGACGCCGGAAACAAACAGACUCUCACGCAAGUAAACGUUGCUCAAGGUUUCUGGCCGUACGGUAAAUCCAGAGAUGAUCCUAAUGGCAAAUUCUCCGACGGUUUCAUCGCUCCUGACUUCGUCGCAACAUUCAUGGAAAUUCCUAUCCCAAUCCCUGCUGCGCUUAAACCGGGCGUCAAUGUCUCACGUGGAGCUAGUUUCGCCGUCGCUGAUGCUACUCUUCUCGGAGCUCCGGUUCAAUCUUUGACUCUGUAUCAACAAAUUGCGAAGUUCAAUGAAAUGAAAGCAGCAAAUUGGAAUGACGACUUCAUCAAGCAGUCAUUGUUUAUGAUAUACAUUGGUGCUAAUGAUUACUUUAAUUUCACCAAGAACAACCCUAACGCUGAUGCAUCUGCUCAACAAGCUUUCGUCAUUUCCGUGACCAACCAGUUAAAGAAUGAAAUCAGCUUCUUGUAUGCAUCAGGAGCUAGAAAGUUGAUGAUCCAAACCCUAGCACCAUUGGGUUGCUUACCGAUAGUCAGACAAGAUUACAGAACCGGAAUGGAACAAUGCUACGAACCUCUCAACAAUUUGGCUUUACAGCACAACCAAAAAAUCGGACCAAUGUUGAACGAAAUGGCUCUAAAUGCUCCUGAUUUCCAGUUCACUGUUUUCGACUUCUACAAUGUUAUUCUUCGUAGGAUCACGCCGCAGAGGAGCUUAGGCUACAGAUUUUUACGGACGAAUGUAUCGUGCUGCGGUAUUGGGACACACACUGCUUACGGUUGCGGUUUACCUAACGUGCACUCCAAGCUAUGCUCGUACCAACGAUCUUACUUAUUCUUCGAUGGGCGUCACAAUACCGAGAAGGCACAAGAAAGUUUUGGUCAUCUUAUGUUUGGAGCCGAUCCAAAUGUGAUCCAACCGAUGAACAUCCGUGAGCUCGUUACUUACCCAGUAGGUGAACCUAUGCGUGAGGCUUGGUUGCCUACUACGUCAGCCACAGUUCAAGCCAGCGACUCUAGCACGUCGAACCGCGAGCUCUACUGAGUCUCUACAAAUCGUAAUGUGUUUAGUUUGCAACUUCUUUUUUUUUCAUCUUGCUCGAGUGAGUUUCCCUCUACAAUAAAAGAUUGAUCACUGUAACUCAUGUGAUUAGAGAGUGAAUCAAUCUAUCGAUCAUUUACGC